GGAAGAAGCCCAUCCUGAUCCUGAGAACUCAGCUAUCUGUCAGAGUCCACUCCAUUCUAGAGAAGCUGUACAACUCUCAUGGACCUGAGCUCCGGAGGUCCCUGUUCUCCCUCAAGCAGCUCUUUGAGGACGAUAAAGACCUGGUGCCAGAGUUUGUGAAUUCAGAAGGCUUGACGUGUUUCAUCAAGGUUGGAACGGAGGCAGACCACAACUAUCAGAACUACAUUCUCCGAGCCCUCAGUCAGAUCAUGCUGUUUGUAGAUGGGAUGAACGGUGUGAUCGACCACAAUGACACUGUUCAGUGGCUCUACACUCUCAGUGGCAGUCUGUCUCGUCUGGUGGUGAAGACCGCUCUGAAGCUCCUGAUAGUGUUUGUAGAGUACACAGAGUUGAACAGUCCUCUACUUAUCCAGGCUGUCAACACUGUGGAUGGCAAGAGAGGUGUGAAGCCGUGGUCAUACCUGACAGAGAUCCUGGAGGAGAAGAACGGAUCAGACACCGAGCUGUUCAUCUUAACCAUGAACCUCAUCAACAAGACCCUUGCAGCCCUCCCGGACCAGGACUCGUUCUACGACGUGACCGAUUGUCUGGAACAGCAGGGGAUGGAACACAUUAUGCACAAACACAUGAGCAGCAAGGUCACUGAGCCAGACCUGAAACAGCAGUUCACCAUAUACGAGAGGGCUCUGAGGCACGAGGACGGAGAGAUGGAUGCUUCUCCUCACGUUAGGAAGGAGAGGAGGAAGGUGACAGCCAGCGAACAGGAGGGCAGGAGGAUCAGGAGAUCCUCAGCUCAGAACCUCCCCGACAUCCUCUCCUCCUCCCCUACCACAUCCAACACUAUCUCUCUCUCCGCCUCGUCCUCCACUUCUCUCUCCCCUUCCACCCCCUCUCCUUUCUCUCCCUCCUCCUCCACUCUCUCCCCUUCCACCUCCUCCCCUUUCUCUCCCUCCUCCUCUCGUAGCGCCUCACCCCUCACCCCAACCUCCAGCCCAUCAGACUCUGGUUCUCAGAGGUCCUCUCCUCUACCGCCCCCCGAGGUGACCAACGGUACUGCAGCCCCCCUGUCUCCCACCGAGCAGGAGCCCAAGACAACGUCUAACCU